AUGUCUGCUCAGCCAGCUCGUUUCGACAACCGUGUUGCCAUCGUCACUGGCUCUGGUCGUGGUCUCGGCCGCCAGCAUGCUCUCCUCCUUGCCAGUCUCGGAGCCUCUGUUGUGGUCAACAGCACUACGCAAGCCACGGCCCAGGGAACCGUCGACGACAUUGUCAAAGCAGGAGGCAAGGCGGUUGCCUGCGUAGGCAGCGUUUCCGAUGAAGCUGUCGCUCAAGCCUUGGUCAAAACCGCCAUCGACACGUUCGGCCGCAUCGACAUCCUCAUCAACAACGCCGGAACCUACCAUCUCCAGCCCUUCGAGGAGACCACUUCCGCCUCCCUGCGCGACAUGUACUCUCUCCACGUCGAGGGCUCGUACAACGUGACGCGCGCUGCUUGGCCGCACAUGAAGAACCAGAAGUACGGCCGAAUCGUCAUGAUCACGUCUCACACGAUGUUCGGUAUGUUUGGUACUGGUUUCUACGCGGGCGCCAAGCUGGCGCUCGUCGGUCUUGCCAAGGCCAUCGCCAUCGAGGGGGAGCCGCACAACAUCCUCGUCAACUCUAUCGCCACUACGGCUUUUACGGACACCGUCGAGCAGCACCUGCCUGACGAGAACAUGGCGGCGUUCAUGAAGGCAAACUUGCCGUCUUCAGAGCCGGCACGCGCUGUUGUUUGGCUUGCGCAUGAAGACCUCAAGUCUACUGGGGAGAUUUUCGGUGCUCAGGGUCGGAUCGUGAGUCGCAUUUUCAUUGCAGAGACUCAAGGAUACCACGCCUCGUCCAAGGGUGAAUGGGCUGUUGAUUCUGUAAGGGACAACUGGGACAAGGUAUUGGACGAGAAGGACUACAUCGUCCACAAAGACGCAAACGCAGUUGGAGCGGUGCUCUUCGGACGCUUGACGCAGGGCCCGCCGCAGUAA